CCGGGCUUUGUGCAGCACCCCAGAGCCGCUCUGAGAGCCUCCCUCCCUCUGCCUCCUGCCAUGGCCCUGCGCCUCACGGUGCUGCUCCUGCUGGGGACACUGGGCACAGCUGCCAGAGCCCAGCCCGUGCUGAGCCAGCCGCAGUCCGUGUUCGUGCUGCCCGGGCAGAGCGCUCGGCUCUUCUGCACCCUGAGCCCCCAGUACAACAUCAGCCAGUUCGGCAUCUCCUGGUACCAGCAGCGCCCGGGCCGCUCCCUCAGCUACCUGCUCUACUACAACUCCGAGUGGGACAAGCACAAGCCUGCCAGGACUCCCGACCGCUUCUCGGCCACCAAAGACUUCGCCAGCAACGCCUGCAUCCUCACCAUCGCAGCCGCCUGCCAGGACGACAACGGCACCUAUUACUGCGCCCUGGCACCUGCCCUCAAAUGGCUCUAGCACGGGCUAUUACUGCCCUCAAAUGGCUCUAGCACGGGCUAUCACUGCACCUAUCACUGCUCUCAAAUGGCUCUAGCACGGGCUAUCACUGUGCCCAUCACUGCCCUCAAAUGGCUCUAGCACGGGCUAUCACUGCGCCCAUCACUGCUCUCAAAUGGCUCUAGCACGGGCUAUCACUGUGCCUAUCACUGCCCUCAAAUGGCUCUAGCACGGGCUAUCACUGCCCUCAAAUGGCUCUAGCACGGGCUAUCACUGCCCUCAAAUGGCUCUAGCACGGGCUAUCACUGCUCUCAAAUGGCUCUAGCACGGGCUAUCACUGCGUCCUGGCACUGCUCUCAAAUGGCUCUAGCACGGGUAUCACUGUGCCUUUCACUGCCCUCAAAUGGCUCUAGCACGGGCUAUCACUGCUCUCAAAUGGCUCUAGCACGGGCUAUCACUGCACCUAUCACUGCCCUCAAAUGGCUCUAGCACGGGCACCUGAAGCUUUCCUCGCUUUCCUUGGCGUCCCUGUCUCAGCAGGGAGCGCAGCAGCCCUGGGAGGGAUGGGAAAUCCAUCUUUGCAUGCUUGAGCAGGCCAACCUCCCCUCCUCUGUGUCCCCAGGCGUCCCCAGGGGCACUGGCCAGCCCGGCAGGGAGCGCCGGGGCCUUCCUGGGCUCCUCCAGCACCGCGACCUGGCUGCGGCUUCCGCAGAGCUCAAAUAAAGGCAAUAAAGGCCAACCCUCACCUCACCUCACCCCGCGGCUCCUGUCGUGUGUCCCCGGGCCCAGGGCGGGCAGCAGCGGCCGCGGCCCUGGCGCGGCUCUGGGCCGGCUACAGCCCGCACCCAGCCCUGCAGCAGCCCCUGCACGGCUCCCGGGGGGACAGGGACACGCGUGCCCGCGGGGACUCUGCGGGGACGGUUUGUCACGGCAGGACGAGGACAUCCCCACACGAUUCCCUCACGAUCCCCACAGAACUGGGAACGCCGCCAUUGCCGCACUGCGCCUGCGCAGCUCCGCGCGCGCCCCCGCGGAUGUCACGUGACGGCCGGUCGGCGCUACCAUUGGCUCAAGGCAACACAAAACCAGCCGCGUGACUUCCGGGUCACCUCAGUCCGUCUUCGGGCCCCGCGGCGGUCGGGCUGGGCCGGUGCCCUGCUCCUGUGACCAGCAUGUGCGAAAAGACCGCGCUGUGAAAAGCCAGUGUCCACAGGAGACAGAGGAGUCCUGCAAAUUUAUUUGAUUAAAGGGAGAGAGUCCACCACGCCAUAUCCCCGUGGGGUGUCUGUCGAGAUUUCAGAGAAUGCAGCCACCUUUUAUCCUAAACUCCCGGCCGCAGGUUGCCCUCUUCCUUUCCCAAUUGCCUGAGGCAUAGUGGCAGGAGCUGGGCACUGUACUGUGUAAAGCAAGCAUGGGAUAAUGAAUUCUUAUCUUCUUAACUGAGUCCUGUUUAUUAUGUUUGUCAAAGGCGAAGAUCAAAUUUGGUGCAAGGGGGUUCCAAGGGCUAAAAGGAGAUGCUGCCCGAGAUGCAGAUGUGAAACAUUUUGGGAUGUGCCAGAAGCGCCACGGAGCUGGAGCAGGCUGACAGACCAUCCUGCCUCCUUCCCUGCAGCAGUGUGGGAAGGCACAGGCAGGUCUGGGAAAGGCGCUGUGGAGAGCUCAGCUCCACCCUUCGGCCUCCUGCACAAUCAGGAGUGAAGUACAUUUGUAAUACCAAGGCCUGAACAAGUUCAAGCAAACAAAGCUUCCCUGCUCUCUGUCAGCAAGUGGACAGCAGAGAGCUGCUCGCAAAACUGGACUCCUCUUUGAGGAAACUGCUGCAGAGUAACAAGGAAAGUGUUUAGAGACAAUAAACAUCCCAUCCUAGGCAGAUCCCCGCUCUUCUCUUGUGCUUUGGGACUGUGGCAGAACAACUCCAUUGGAGUU